UAACUGUACUGAAUUGACAAUUUUAAUUAAUGUAAAAUCCAGCAUUCCAGCAAAAUGUGGUUCCUAAAAACUCAAACAAAUGUCAAUCACGCUUCAGUAGUAGGCAAUCGGUUCCCUGCAACAGGCGGUUUGUUGUUUUUACGAUUUAUUCUUCCCUGUUGUUGUAAAAUCUUGAUCAGUAUGGAACAGGAAAAACCCUAUUACGCUGUAGUUGCCGGAUUGUGUGCUUCAUUUGCAAGUCUCUUCGGAAAAUUAACCGCAAACAGUGGCCGCUUGUUGAACUGGUCUGGACUUUCUACGCACAGAUGACUGCUGUCAAUGGUCUGUGUUUAUGCGCUGUUCUAUUUUGACAGUUUCUGGUUGAUUGAAAAAACAAGGGGUAGAGGCGAGCAAAAAAUAUACACAGUGCUUCACUUGCUAGAAAGGACGCUUGUGUUGUUGAACACACCAAAUUUUAGGAGCAGAGAUUCGUGGUGUGCAAUAAAUACCAUAAACAAACAGCGAUCGAACAACCACCAGCCCGGAACACACAGUUUAAAGCGGUUUGUUGCAGUGGCGUUAGCGAUGGGUCCUACUAAAAUCACCCCCGAGGAUCAAGCGUUCAACAUUAAUUUUGUGGGAGAGGUGAAGAAAUAUCCGUGCCUGUUCGACAGCGCGAAUCCAGACUACAAGCAGCAGGCAUUACAAGACAGAGCCUGGUUGGAAGUGUCGACCGCCGUUCGAGAGAGUACAGACACCUGCAAGAAGCGUUGGCGCAAUUUACGAUGUUGCAUGACCCGUUACCAGAAAUCGGUUCGUGACAGCAGCGACCAAGCUGCGAAUGCACGACGGAAACCAUACUAUCUAUACAAUCACAUGCAGUUCGUACUGCCGCACCUGAAGGCACGAGAGGAAUCUAAUGUCUAUGAACCAGAUGAACCUUCGUGGGCGAAAGCGGAGAGCGAAUCAUUAAGCGAAAGUAAACACGAAGAGGACGAAGAAAUGGAACCACACGAGAUCGAGACGAUCGAAGUACCGGAAGAGGAUCAUAGUGACCAAAUUAAGGAUAGUAUUCUAAGUUCGAUCAAGAUCGUACCUAUAGGGCAAGAAUCACAGACGGUUAGUGAGCAGGACCAACAACAGGACGUGCUGGAAGCAAGUGAAACAAAUUCAGCCAACCAGACGGCGUAUGAAUUCAUUGCGGCACCACCGCUCAAACAAUCUCGGCUUUCGAAUACACACACCAGUGUAGAAUCGGUCAGUCCAGUUGCUGUUAGCCCGUUGCAAACAUCGACAUCCGAUUCGAAACGAGAUAUAAUCGGCCAGCGGCAAUACUUUACACUGACGAGCACACCGAUCCAUUCCGCAAACAUCCCAAUGUCCUGCUACACCACAAGCCCGCUGUCGUCCCAGUCUCUCCAUCAGCAGCAGCAGCAACAACAAACGAUUUCCCAGCCACAGCUGCAAACGCAGGUGCCGCCGCAUUUCACUAUCAUUCCGAACACACCGUCGAUGACUAAUGAUGCGGAUCACAAUUUCUUCCAAAGUCUCGUUCCCGAUAUUCAAACGAUGACCAUGGAACAGAAAAGAAAGCUCAAAAUUGGCAUCCUACAGCUCAUAGACAAAAUUCUCAAUACGUAAACACCAUUAACGUAUCACCCCGUUGCAGGAGCGAUUUUUUAGAAAACGAAGUAAAUUUGUAUAAGGGAUUUAAAAAAAGAGAACAUUUCGAGAAUGGCCUGCAGGAAGGGACUGAAACACUGGAACCUGCCGUGUGUGGCAAUAUAAUUUUCUAUUACAAUUAGUAAAGCAGUAAGAGUCAAGAAAUAACUACAUCAAUGCAAUGUGCAAGAUUUAUAGAUCGUAAGGACAGGGAGCUAAGCGAAGAUUUUAAAAUAGUAGAUCAUGUUUAGGAUAAAUUUUCGUCUGCACUCAUCGUGCAGAUUCUCUCCUCACAUCCUAUUUCCUCAUUAUCAUCGUAGCAAGAGCAUUGUAUAGCAUGUCGUAAAUCAUGAUUUAUUGUAAGCAUAAUUUUAUCAGAUUACUUUAUAAUAGAAUAAAAGUUCAAAAUGAUGUACCUAAUACUGAUUUCUGAUUACUG